AUGACGAAUGUUCUGCCGCUCGCACUACAUUUGUCUCCGUCAGAGAUUCAGAAAUGUGCACUUUCAAAAGUCUCCAACUCCACAGAAGUCCACCCCCGAGCUCACAGGGACCGGGCUCACAGGGACCCCGAGCUCACAGGGACCGGGCUCACAGGGACCGGGCUCACAGGGACCCCGAGCUCACAGGGACCGGGCUCACAGGGACCCCGAGCUCACAGGGACCGGGCUCACAGGGACCGGGCUCACAGGGACCGGGCUGCAAAUGUCCACCCCCCGAGCUCACAGGGACCCCGAGCUCACAGGGACCCGAGCUCACAGGGACCCGAGCUCACAGGGACCCCAAGCUCACAGGGACCCGAGCUCACAGGGACCCCGAGCUCACAGGGACCGGGCUCACAGGGACCCCGAGCUCACAGGGACCGGGCUCACAGGGACCCCGAGCUCACAGGGACCGGGGCUCACAGGGACCCGAGCUCACAGGGACCCCGAGCUCACAGGGACCGGGCUCACAGGGACCCCGAGCUCACAGGGACCGGGCUCACAGGGACCCCGAGCUCACAGGGACCCCGAGCUCACAGAGACCGGGCUCACAGGGACCCAGAGCUCACAGGGACCGGGCUGCAAAUGUCCACCCCCGAGCUCACAGGGACCCCGAGCUCACAGGGACCGGGCUGCAAAGGGCACGUCAUUUUGGCCACUUUUGAGCUGGGACACCUCCCCACUGGUCAGUACCUUGGUCUGUACCUUGGUCAGUACCUUGGUCUGUACCUUGGUCUGUACCUUGGUCAGUACCUUGGUCUGUACCUUGGUCUGUACCUUGGUCAGUACCUUGGUCAGUACCUUGGUCAGUACCUUGGUCAGUACCUUGGUCUGUACCUUGGUCUGUACCUUGGUCAGUACCUUGGUCAGUACCUUGGUCUGUACCUUGGUCUGUACCUUGGUCAGUACCUUGGUCAGUACCUUGGUCUGUACCUUGGUCAGUACCUUGGUCAGUACCUUGGUCUGUACCUUGGUCAGUACCUUGGUCAGUACCUUGGUCAGUACCUUGGUCUGUACCUUGGUCAGUACCUUGGUCAGUACCUUGGUCAGUACCUUGGUCUGUACCUUGGUCAGUACCUUGGUCAGUACCUUGGUCAGUACCUUGGUCUGUACCUUGGUCAGUACCUAUGUCAGUACCUUGGUCAGUACCUUGGUCAGUACCUUGGUCUGUACCUUGGUCUGUACCUUGGUCAGUACCUUGGUCAGUACCUUGGUCAGUACCUUGGUCUGUACCUUGGUCAGUACCUUGGUCAGUACCUUGGUCAGUACCUUGGUCUGUACCUUGGUCAGUACCUUGGUCAGUACCUUGGUCAGUACCUUGGUCUGUACCUUGGUCAGUACCUUGGUCAGUACCUUGGUCAGUACCUUGGUCAGUACCUUGGUCUGUACCUUGGUCAGUACCUUGGUCAGUACCUUGGUCUGUACCUUGGUCAGUACCUUGGUCAGUACCUUGGUCUGUACCUUGGUCUGUACCUUGGUCAGUACCUUGGUCAGUACCUUGGUCAGUACCUUGGUCUGUACCUUGGUCAGUACCUUGGUCAGUACCUUGGUCUGUACCUUGGUCUGUACCUUGGUCUGUACCUUGUUGGUCUGUUAUUACAGCACGGGCUACAGUAA